AUGGGCCCAGGCCUGGGUGUGACCUUUGAGGAUGUGGCCAUUCACUUCUCUCAGGAAGAGUGGGUGCUCCUUGAUAAGGCCCAGAGGUUCCUGUACUGCAGUGUGAUGCUGGAGAACCUUGCACUUGUGGCAUCUCUGGGUUCCUGUCCUGGAAUGAGGGUUGAAGAGGUAACUUCUGAGCAUGACGUACCUCUAGAAGGGGUGAUGUCUAAGACAAGUCCAUCUACUCAGGAGACUCAUCUCUUUGAGACACCUGUCCUAGCUUUGGAAGAUGUCUUACACCAGGCUGAAUUCCCAAGCACACACACUAUGCAGACAUUGUACUUGUCUAGAACAUGUGUGGAAAGCUCUGGUUUGAACGAAGACAUUAACCAGUGCCAGAAGAAUUACACUGGAGAAAAGCCCUGUGAAGGGGAUGCUGACAGGGCUUCAUUUAUGUCAAGCUGCAGACCCCAUGUGUUGAUAAAGCCAUUCAUCUUUGGGAAGGAUGGGGAAGAGGCCCUUGCCUCCAUAGGCUGUCUUCAGCAGCAGGCUGCUUGUAGUAGUGAACAGUCUCCCACUGGUGGCAAAUGUGGGGAAGUACUUUUGAGUGGAGAAAAACUUAAGUACAGAGAAUGCCAAAAAGGUUCAAGCCACAAACACGCACUUGUUCAGCAUCAGAGUGCCUCGCCUGAAAAAGGGCCUCAUGAGUGUAGCAAGUAUGAGAAAGCCUUCUCUUGCAAGUACAAACUUGCUCAACACCAUGACAGUCACACGGGACAAAGGAUAUAUGAGCAUUCUCAGCAUGAAAAGUCCUUUAGCAAAAAGUGUCACCUCAUUGCACAUGAUAGAAUUCGUCCUCAAGAGAGACCCUAUAAAUGUACUGAAUGUGGAAAAGCCUUUGUCUAUAAAUCUGAACUCAUUUACCAUCAGAGACACCAUAGUAGUAGAGUCCAUUAUGAGUGUGUGGAAUGUAGAAAAUCCUUUACGUACAAAUCCAACCUCACUGAACACCAGAGAAUCCACACUGGAGAGAGGCCUUACCAAUGUGAUCAGUGUGGGAAAUCCUUCAGACAAAACUCUAGCCUCUUUAGACACCACAGAAUUCAUACUGGAGAAAGACCUUAUGAGUGCUAUGAGUGUGGGAAAUCCUUUAGACAAAUUUUCAAUCUCAUUAGACACAGAAGAGUCCACACUGGAGAAAUGCCUCACCAGUGCAGUGAUUGUGGGAAAGCCUUUAGCUGCAAAGCCGAACUCAUUCAACAUGAGCGAAUCCACAGCGGGGAAAGGCCGUAUGAGUGUGGCGAGUGUGGGAAAUUCUUCAGACAGUUCUCCAACCUCAUUCGGCACCGGAGAGUUCAUACUGGUGAUAGGCCUUACAAAUGCAGUGAAUGUGAGAAAUCCUUUAGUCGCAAAUUCAUCCUCAUCCAACACCAAAGAGUUCACACUGGAGAAAGGCCUUAUAAGUGUGGGGACUGUGGCGCCUCCUUCACCAGAAAGUCUGACCUCAUCCAACACCAGAGAAUUCAUACUGGAACAAGACCUUAUGAGUGUGAAGAAUGUGGGAAGUCGUUUAGACAGUGUUCUAGCCUCAUUCAACACCGGAGAGUUCACACUGGAGAGAAGCCUUAUGAGUGUGUCGAAUGUGGGAAAGCCUUUAGUCAGAGUGCUAGCCUUAUUCAACACCAGCGACUGCACACUGGAGAGAGGCCUUAUGAAUGUAGUGAAUGUGGGAAGUCUUUUAGCCAAAGUGCUAGCCUAAUCCAACACCAGAGAAGCCACAGUGGAGAAAAGCCUUAUGAAUGUACUGAAUGUGGAAAACUCUUUACCCACAAGUCUGACCUUAUUCAGCACCAAAGGGUUCACACCGGAGAAAGGCCUUAUGAGUGCAAUGACUGUGAGAAAUCCUUUAGCCGUCGCUCUAAUCUUGUUCGACACCAGAGAGUUCACACCUAAGAAAUUUCUUUUUUUUU